AUGGCCGAAAGAGGAGCAGACGACUGGGAAGGUUUAUGUCACCCAUGUAAAAAGAUGGGAAUAUGUUCUACUGGAAGCGUGUAUUGUCGGGAAUGUGUGCAAAUAUAUUGUUCUAACUGCACCAAAUUACAUCAGGUCAACCAGGUUGGUAGCGGACAUUACCUUAAGCCAUACCUUCCACACUUGAAAACUGACGAGAAGAAGAAUGAAUUUGACAUAGCUUCCUUCAAGUUUGAUCAAUAUGGAAAGGAAGAGAAGAAUUUACAGAAAGUCAAGUAUAACUAUAUUACAGCACUUUCAGCUGAUCACGAUCAUACCAAGAAGAAUUACCCGGAUGAGAUCUUCUGUUUAAAGCAUAAAGAGGUUGUUUGCAAGAACUGUAAGUUUCGACGACAUAGCUUAUGUACAGACUACCUACCUGUCCGACGAGCAAGCGAAGUAAUGAUGGAAAAUGGGCAUUAUCUUCGUGAUAUUGAAAGAUUAAAAACCUGUAAUCUACGAUCAGCAGCGGCAAUAAAAGAAACUCGAAAUGAACGAGAGCGUUUGAAUUCUACAGAAAGAGAAAUCUUGGAAUUAAUACAAAAUCUUAAACAUGCUGUUAUAAGUAAAGCAUACCGGUUAGAAAAUGAGCUUCUUGGGAAAAUAUAUGCCUCACAUGAUACAUCUUUCAGACAAUUGACAAAAGCAGAAAACGUUUUAAAACGUGUCAAAGAUAACACAGACGAGAUGUUAGAGAAUUUAAAAGAGAAAACAAAAGAAGGAAUUGAAGCAUCAGACUUUAAAUCCCUAAUGACAUGUCACAUCAAAAGCCUUAUGUUUCAUGACAUGCUUGAGCGACUUUCCGAUUACUGUGACCUGGGAAAUCUACAUGAAUGUUUAUUUGAAUCAGAAUAUACAAUUGAUUCCAUAACUCAUUGUCUUGGAUCAUUUGGCACUUUAUCCAUUGACAAAUUAAAUUCAAAGGUGCCAUCGAUUUUAUUAAAUACGAGAGAUAAACCAACCAACGAUGCCAUUGUACAUAUGGAUAAUGACUUAAGCAAGGUGUUGGGGAAUAAAAGUGUAACAUGUGAUGACAUUAAUCUGGAAAUCAUCAUGGACAAAUAUUCUAAACACGAAAAACGUGUAACUAGAUGGUCUGAUCCGGAUAUUUUGAAACAAGGAAUCGUUGGAAUUAUUUGUUUAGACAAAGAUGAUUUACUAGCACUUGAUAGGACAUCAUGUUCUGUAAUGUUGAUAGAUAGAUUGGGUGAACCUAUUGCGUCCUAUGGAUUCAACUGUUUACCAUGGGCGAUGACCCUUUACGAUGAAAACACAGUGGCGAUAAGUGUAUCAGGGGAAAACAAAAUAUAUCUGGUUGCCGUAGAAUUUAAAGAGUUUGUGCUUAAAAAAGAAAUAAACUGUUCGGUGGAACCAUCGGCUGUUACAGGCUACCAAGACAACAUUUUCAUAACUAGCUACCCUUGGAGUGACAUGGCAGCAGUUUACAAACUUUCAGAUGACGGUCACGUUUUGGGUACACUUGAAAAGGAAGCGUCAGGAAAACGUCUGUUCAAGGCACCUUUAGACAUUGCUAUUGACAAAGCGUCAAAGGAUUUUUACGUUUGCGAUUCGGGCUUAAAAAUGAUUUUUGCUUUUAACGAACUUUUACAAGAGAAUUUUAGAAUAGACUUAGAGUAUAUGGGACAUCCUUCGGCUCUUACUUUAGACUCAAAUGGCAAUGUUUUUAUCUGUGGAAAACUGUCAAAUGUUAUUUUCAAAGUAACAACUGCCACUAAGAAAGGAAGCAUCGUAUUUACGGAGGAUGCAGGUCUAGGACGACCUCAGGCUAUCUGUAAUAUUCCAGACGAAGGUUCAGUAUGUGUUCUUUGUGCAAGAGAAAACGAGUUCAAAAUUUUAAAGAUACAUUAA